UGCAUGAAAAUGAAAUUGUUCACCGAGCCCGACAAUCUCCUCCUAUCGAAAGAUGAUGUCCUAAAAAUUGUGGAUUUCGGUGUUUCCGAAAUAUUUAAAGGGGAUGACAAAAUAAAAAAAUCAGCAGGCAGUCCUGCUUUUAUGGCUCCGGAAUUAUGCAAAGCCCACCAUGGCGAAAUUUCCGGAAAAGCUGCCGACAUUUGGUCGAUGGGUGUGACCUUAUAUUGUCUUGCCUUUGGGUGCCUACCAUUCGAGAAAGAUAAUAUUAUCGACUUGUACGAGUCGAUAAAGAAUGAUGAUAUCACAGUUCCAAAAAAUACGGAUCCCAGCCUAGCCGAUCUACUUCAUAAGGUUCUCGAAAAGGAUCCUUCGGAAAGAAUUGUGAUGAAAGAGCUUCGUGAGCAUCCGUGGGUAACCGAUCAUGGAAAUGAUCCACUGAUAUCCACAGAAGAGAAUUGUACCGAAAUGGUCACGGAAAUUACCGAAGACGAUUUGAGCUCGGCUAUUAAGCCUAUUAGCAUCAGAAGCAUUUUUACAGUG